UUCACAGGUUCCAGUUUAAUAAAGAGACAAACUCAUGCUGAGCUCCAUCAUCACUCUCCCUCUGCAGUGAAUCCAUCCCGAGCAUCAGUAACUCUGAGUGCCAUGCCGCUACCCAAUGACAACUCCAUCAACACGGCCCCUUUGGACGAAGGCGAGGACACUGAACCCCUCAUCUACAAUGAUCCAAUUCCUCCUCAGUGCUGCUCGGCGCGCCUCAACCUGGCCUUCCUGAUGUUCUGUGGGUUCUCCAUGGUGUACGGGCUCCGUGUCAACCUCAGUGUUGCCAUGGUAGCCAUGGUGAAUACUACUGAACCCAAACCAGCCCUGAACAGCUCGGUGGUCUCUGCCUGUCCACUGCCACCCGGGGGGGACAACAGCAGCGACUCUUUCCAUCAACCUGCAGGGAUCCCCCAGUACCCCUGGGACUCGGAGACUCAGGGCUGGCUGCUGGGGGCCUUCUUCUUCGGAUACCUGUGCACACAGAUCCCGGGGGGCUACCUGUCGGGUCACUAUGGGGGGAGUAUCUUCCUGGGUGUCGGGGUGCUGGUCACUGCCUUCCUCACGCUGCUCACCCCUCUGGCUGCUCAGAUGGGGUCCCAAUGGCUGUUUGCACUACGAGCGCUGGAGGGCUUCGGGGAGGUGAGAGUGAUGAGCUGA